GCGACGUUCUGGAAGAUCCUCUUGGCCGCAACCUUGGCCUCGUACUCGCUGUGUAUCUCUGUCGCCAGCUCGUCCUCGCCCGUUGCAUGCUUGAGCUGCUCGUCCAUGGUUGUCAGCGCCUCGUACCGGACGAUCUUCAUCAGCCUCUUCAUGCUCCACGCGGAGAUGUUCUUCUGGCUGAGCUUGUGAAGCUGGUCAAUCGAGAUGCCGUCAUCCAAAUGGCGCUCGGUUUUCUGCCUAUGCAGCUGCUUGCUGGCUGCUGCUGCUCCUCCUCCUCCUCGCUUGGACGCGACCGUCGUGAGGCGCCCACUCUUGGGCAGUGGCCGGGACUUGCCCGGCAUCGCUGUCGCUUCGAGCUCCGUGGGGAUGGAUGCUCCCGCGCUCUGGAGCCUCUGCACCUCAGCCAUCAUCCGACUCUCCUCCACUAGCGGUCUUGUUCAACGUGGUCUCCCUCGCCGACUGGGACGACGACGGCUCGUCGUCAGGCGGCGGCGCCCCCUCCGUCGAGGCGGGAAUCAAGAACCGUCUGCUGGAAGGCAACGCCGCCAGCGACAGCGACGACGAGAACCCCGACGCCGCCGCCGUCAACUCUGACGACUCCGAUGCCGAGCCGCCGCGGAUUGCGUACCUCCUAGAGGGCACAAAGGGGGACGGCCUGCGGAUGCGGCGGACUCUGCAGGCCUUCAUUCGAGUGCUCUAAUUGACAGGCGGCGCCCUUCAAUCGGGGGCUCUUGGUCGGAGGUAGCGGCGCCCGGCUUCCGCGCGAAGGAUAACGCGACGACGAUGGAGAACUCACGGCGACGGUGCUGGCGGACGGAAGCCGGUGUCAACGACAUUAAUACUGGUCUGAACCUAUUAACGAAGUCUUCAUAUCGGCUUUGCUCUGCAUUUUCAUAACAGCGAAACUCCAUUUCAUCGAAGCCACCCCCGUCGUGUUUCAUAAUAGCAAAUUUCUCAUCUCUCUCUCGCGCGCCCUGCGCAUUCCUCUUAGUGGCGGCAGCGCCACCGAGUCACCUUGCCGCCCCAGCGUGCAGCUGGGGUGUCUGUCCACGACAAGGCGUCUGCCUUGCUCGUAGCGAACCAGCAAACAGCGAGGGGCCUGUAUGGGAGUCGCGGUAGCAAGCGGAGCGCAGCCGAGCCCCGAACAGAGUCUCGCGGAAGCGAGGAAAAGGAGGGAGGGGAACCAUGGUCCGGUCCCGGGGGCAUCUGGCCCUGUCUACGCGGCUGAUGAACGUAGGCCUCGCUUCGCUCUGCCGGGGUGGCUGGCUCGACCGUGCGGAGUCCGUCCUCGUCGACGCCAUCCGCCUCGGCCUGCCCCCGGAUGUCGUCACCUACAACACCCUCCUCGCCGCGUACUGCCGGGUCGACGGACUCGACGCGGGGCUAGCCGUCGUGCACCGGAUGCGGGAGGCCGGGGUGAGACCCGACGCCGUCACCUACAACUCCCUCAUCACGGGCGCCGAUCGCAGCGGACUCACGGUCCGCGCCCUUGACCUGUUCGACGAAAUGCUGAGGUCAGGGGUCGCCCCCGAUUCGUGGAGCUACAACGCCCUCAUGCACUGCCUAUUCAGGUCCGGCCACCCGGAGCAUGCCUACCGUGUGUUUGCUGAUAUGGCUGACAGGGGCGUGGCACCAUGUGCCACGACGUACAACACACUUCUGGAUGGGCUGCUCAAGGCUGGCCACGUGACAAAUGCAUUCAGGAUGUUCAGGUACCUGCAGAGGGCGGGGCUUCCCGUAGGCAUUGUGACUUACAACACAAUGAUCAACGGGCUGUGCAAGUCAGGCAAGGUGGGCUAUGCCCGCAUGGUCCUUAAGGAGCUGGGGAGGACAGAGCAUGCCCCGAACGCUGUCACGUACACAACAGUUAUGAAGUGCUGCUUUAGGUAUGGCAGGUUUGAGCAAGGGUUGGAGACGUUCUUGUCCCUGCUUGAAGGAGGGUACAUUUCGGAUGCCUUCCCAUACACGACAGUGAUCAGUGCGCUUGUCAAAAAGGGCCGGAUGCAAGAAGCCAAUACCUAUUGUGAGCUCAUGAUACAAAGUGGUUCUACGCUUGACAAUGCAUGCUACAACACUCUGAUUCACCUGCGAUGCCAAGAAGGGAAGAUUAAUGACGCGUUUGAGCUGUUGAACAUGAUGGAAGAAGGUGGUCUAGAGAGCGAUGAGUACACAUUCUCUAUUUUGGUCAAUGGUCUUUGCAAGAUGGGACAAAUCGAGGCUGCUGAGAAGCAGAUAUGGUCCAUGGAGAUGAUGGGCAUGCAAUCAAAUGUGGUAGCAUAUAAUUGCUUGAUUGAUGCGUUAUGCAAAUGUCAUGAGGUUGAUGCAGCCAUAAAAAUUUUGCACAGCAUGAAGCUAAAAGAUGAUUUUUCUUACACAUCACUAGUCCAUGGUCUAUGUAAGGUGGGUAGAUACCAUAUGGCAUCCAAAUUCUUGCGGAUCUGCUUGCAUGAAGGAAACAACGUUCUUGCAUCUGCAAAGCGCGCUGUCAUUUCUGGGCUUCGUAGUGCAGGGUUUAAAAAUGAUUUGAGGAAAGUCCGAUCAGCAUUAUAUAUGGCUAGGCUGUUGCGGUCUUAAUCCAAGGAGAAAAGAUCUGCAAUCUGAUUGCAUGAUCCUGUGAAAUUUACAAGUGUGGAUGAGUAGAUGACCCUUUAUGGAGAUGUAUGAUCACCUAACCACUCGAUCAGUGCAUCAUGCUCCACAGGAAGGAAACCAGAACUGUGUUAGCUCAAGAAAGGAGCUACCCUAAUAAAUCAUUUUCCUGAGGCUUUAUAGUUUGUCGAUGUUAAAGUGCACAACAAGCCAUGUCACUGUCAAGCUUGAAAUGUUUAUUGAACGUCAAUGAACAAGAAAGGCUGAUGCCCACAUGGUCACUAGGAACAGGAUCUGCAUUCAUGACAUUUAGUUUCCAGAUGGUACCAGCCCCAAAUGUGCAGGAAGUGAUUCCUCCAUAACUUCCAUGGUUUAAAACUUCACCUUUCAUUGUAUUAGUUUGAGGUGUUACAAUGAACUCUUGGCGACCAAGUAUCCCAAAUUUCCAACAGAAGAAUUGAGAUGCCCUGGUCAGAUGGACAUACAGUAUGCGGUCACAAAAUGAAGGUGUUGCGGGAUACUACAGAGCAAUCUGAAUGUUAAUAUUUUUUGUUUGGUUCAUCGGUUCUUUUUGAGAGGUUGAGAACUGAACCUUGUUUUUUUGGUCACAACAUUUAUCACUCUGAAGCAAAUUCUAUACCAAUGAAAGACUACACAACAUCUAAUCUCAUAGCCAUGUUGAUAGACAUGCAUGAUGCUGUGAAGUUAUGUAUUUUUGGUCUAAAACUCUGGCAGCCGGCCGAUGAGUGCAAUUAAGUAAAAAAUAGACGUCACCAUAAUGGAGUCAAUCAUUGAUCUUUUGUAUUUGCAUUUGUUUCAUAGAAGCAAUCUAUUGUUCCUCACAAGACAGAAUUUUAUUUUGUACUGUAAGGCUAACCUUCAUUUAUUUGUUCUUCAGAUGGUGGAAUUCUGGAAUCAAUAGUAUGUUUUUGUUUCUUUUGUAGUCCUCUGGCUGGAUUAUUUUCAGGCGUAGUGUGUGGCUGGGUUGUGUUUUUUUUUGUUUAGUGGCACAGAAGUAAUUCUGCUAUUUUGGUGGGUCUGAUCCUCUCUUUACAGGGAGGCUUCUACUUGGGUCAUUUUUCCUUUCUUGUAAAUACAAAGAUAUACAGCUCUAUUGCAAGUUAGGGGUCGUUUGUAUCCCUUAAUUU